AUGAAGGGUUACCUCGUGGGCUGCAGCGUUCCAAAGAGCAAGCAAAAACGCCAACUCCUUUGCCUCGGAUGUGUGGGGAAGCUGAUGGGCCAGCUGAGGCUCAGCACCGAUGCAGAGAGCGUGAGCCUGUGCGACCGUGGUCAUGGCCAGCAAGAUGCGCUGUUGUUCGAGCGGAGGCCCUCAGGGAGCUGGAAGCAAACGCUGGAGCUAACGAGCGAGCUGCUUGAGGCUGUUGUGAUCACAAACGAGAGCACCGUGAGCAGGAAGAAGCCGAAAAAGGCUGCAGCUGAGAGCGCAUUGAACAGGGGCAUGCAAGCCGGCAGCCGCGCGCGCGAGAUGCUGCCUGAGGAGCGCCUCGGCAUCCCGGCCCAAGCUGGCCUCUUUCUGAGCGGCGUCAGGCUGGAGGGCACGUGCCGCCUGGUUGUUCCUACUGGAGUGGACGAGUGUGAGGCCAGCCCUCCACGGCUCUACAUGACAUAUUGGGAUCACAACCGAGCGAGGCCGAAAGCUCUCGGCAAGCCCACCAAGGAGAAGGCGUUGCUGGAAGAGUGCUGGUGGGAUAGCCACGGACACUUGAACUGCUCAUGCGAUCGUGGCCGGCUGGCCAGGGACGCUCCUUGCGUCCAUAAGUUGGUGCUCGCGGCCCUCGGCUCUACGGGGUUGCAGCAAGGGGACCUCCCCACUGUCAGAGAGUUGGGACGGGGAGCGGGGCUGGUCGAGCAGGUGGGUACGGACUCUACGGGGAGCUUCUUUGCCGUGAGGAGCAGCCCCCGGGGGGUCAGUCCAGCGCACAAGAUGCUGCAUCGAAGCGUCGAGGGCGCCUGGUACUGCCAAGGCAAGAGGGACGGGUGUCCGUCGCAGCACGACUGCAGCCACGUCAUCGCUGCAAACUUGGCCGUCCGGGCGGGGCAGGUCCAUUUUGCACAGGGGUUGCUUCUUGGGCAGGAUGCCCUAAGUACAGCGAGGCAGUGGUUGGAGCAAUGGGACGGAGCGCUGCCGUUGCUCGGCAGGAGGGCGGGGGAGAGUGAGCCGAGCGCGAGUUCCGAAGGGGGUACCGAGGAGGAGACACACUUGAUGGGCCUCAUCUCAGGACAGCGGCAUGAGCCGGCCGGAUGCGCCGGUGCGGACUGCUUCUGUCAAGAGCACCAGCAAUUGUUUGGAGUGGCUGAGCCGUCCACGUCAGCACCCCACGGGCUGGGCGUAAUGGCUGAGCCGUCCACGUCAGCACCCCACGGGCUGGGCGUAAGUGAGUCAUGGCGGGGGGCGCGGAGGAGCAAGCAGUGGUGGAUGAGUCAUGCGGGCGGGGCUCCUUUGAUGGUGGCACCCCAGAGUGUGCGGGAGCCACCCGCGGAGGCGCUGGGCGAGGAAGCGAUCCGAUCCUGGGUCUCCUCCUGCGGCAGCUGCACACUCGAAAGUGCUCGACGGGGGUGCCAGCACAGGGGGGUAGGAAGGGCCCCCGUCAUGGUUCAGGAGACACAGGCCGUCCAAGUGACCAAGCCGAAGUUGAGCCAGCUGAGCGACGCGCCUGACUUCCACGACCCUUGGGUGACGCGGCUCAGAUGCGGACCGAUUCGAGUGAGCAAACUGGUGGCGAGGGACUUUCAGGAGCUGGGCGACCGCGGGAUGCUGAGCGCACCGUGCCCUCUUGAACCGCCUCCGUGUGGCGGCGAAUGGGUGGAGCUCUGGCAGGAUGCGGUAGUGCAUGCUUCCACCUGGAGCCAGGCCGUGCGCACCAGAAUUUACUCGUGCAAGUGCCCGAGGAAGCACACCAUCCACUUUGAUGGAGAGCACUUGGGCUUGUACGUCUGGAGCCGCCAGACGAUUAUUGUACAGGAGAGCCUCCAGCUGUUGCUGAAGCAGAUGCAGAGGGGCCAGUCGGGUUUCGGGGCGCUGCUAGAGGGGCAGCAGGAGGCCUUCCGGAGGGCUCCCGAGUGCGCCGUCCUAUCCGAGGAGACGUGGCGGAAGGCCAGCCUCGAUUUCUUCCGACUGGUGGGCCAGCAGAUCCUUGAGUGUUGCAGCAUAUGCGGUCCCCAUCCGGAGGUCUUGCUGUGCGACGGGAUCGUGGGAAUUUCCAACUCCGACGGAGGGAAGCGCCCCGGAGGGCUGGGGUCGACCUCGCAUGACUUCCGCAGACCGUUCACGCAUCCGAGCCGGUAUGCGGACGGCGCUCCGUUCGAGAAACAGUCGGUGGCCGGGCGCGACUACUGCGCUGCAGGCCUAGAGGGCGGUGGCAUGAAACGCCGUCUGGUGCUCCAACCGGAGCUCAGGGAGCUGAUAGCACGCCUCUCGAGGCAUCGCCCCGAGAGCGAGAAGCUCGGUCGGCGGCUCAGCGAGGCAGAGUACCUGGGAAUGAAGGCGGCCCUGGGCAGAGAGGACGUCCAGCUCGUGACUCGCUUUGUUCCGGGUGAUGGGGAAGGCCCGGUUCCAGCGGACACCAGGCGCCGGCUCCUGGUCGAACAGCGCCAGAUGGUCCGGGACAAGAACCGGGCGAUGCUGCGACUGUUGGAGGGAAUCGAGCUCGAGCAAGCGGCAAGAGGUGGGAGCCCGCGUCUAUGGGAGCACUGGCCGUGUGAGUGGGGUGAAUUGCUAUAUGACCUUGGGGCGCACGAUUCGGAUGACGGCAUCAUUGGCCACUCUGACGGGCUAGCUGUGGUCCGCGAGCUGCUCUUGGGGGAGGACGCGAGCAUCGAGGAUCGCCGCCAGCUGGGGGAGCAUUCUCCCAUCUUGCGCCGCGUGCUGGACGCCCAGGGCGGGCACCGCUUUCCCGCUUUCUUUCUGCCCGCUCUGCACCACCUCUACGAGCUCACGUU